UAAAAAAAUCUGAUAGUGACAUUUAAUGGAGUAUAAUUUAUUCCCACAACCGGACAAGUUACGAACAAAGAUCUAUCAGAAGAUCUGCCUGGAGAUCUUUCUAAAGUUCCACUUGCAUCUCUAAAUGUGCAUGAUCUGUUCUGUGUUCCAGCUUGAUAUCUCAACUCCCUAGACCUAAACUACUGUUACGAAAUGAUUAAAGAGACUCAUCUCAGUUAUGUUCAGAAUGGCGGACAGAAGACGUGGGCAUCUGACGGCAACGCUGACCAGACAGCGGUCAAUCUCCUCGCUGACCACACGAUGGAUGUAGAGAACCAGGUGGAUGAGAAGGUCAGGGUCACGUGGUCGAGGAAAGCUGAGUACGUCUUGUCAAUGAUGGGUUACGGUGUGGGACUUGGCAACAUUUGGAGGUUCCCGUACGUCUGUAUACGUAACGGAGGAGGUGCCUUUCUGAUCCCGUACAUCGUCUGCCUGAUGUUGUGCGGGCUACCCUUGUAUUUCAUGGACGUCGCGAUGGGCCAGUUCAUGUCCAGGGGUGUGUACCACAUCUGGAGCAUCUGCCCCCUUUUCAAAGGUAUAGGCGUGGGUCAAAUCAUUGUCAAUGUCAUCUGUGCCUGGUAUUACAUCUUGCUUAUCGCCUGGGUUCUGAUCUAUCUCGUCCACUCCUUUAGGUCACCGCUGCCCUGGACACUGUGUGGGCAAGGCUGGAACACGCCAGCUUGUGUCCCUCAAGGUCAACGAGUCGGUCUAACCGGAAACGAUACGAACAGCUCGAGUCUGGGGCCGGACAACGCCACAGCUGUGACCUCGGAAGGAUAUGAUUUGGUCAACGGAAGCAGAUUAAUCAAGCCGCUACGACCUGCUGGUGAGGAAUUCUGGGUGAACAACGUCCUUGAGCUCUCUUCCGGUCUGGACAAUUUGGAUGGUCUCCCUUGGCACACGACCUUGGCCUUGUUAGUGGCAUGCGUGUUGGUGUUGUUGUGUAUUGUCAAGGGAGUUAAAUCUGUUGGCAAAGUCGUCUAUGUCACGGCGACAUUUCCAUACAUCUUGCUGACAAUAUUCAUUGUGACUGGAGCCACGCUGCCUGGCGCUCAGGACGGAGUGCUCUUCUAUUUAAAACCAGAUUUCAGUAAGCUGAUGCAAGUCCAGACCUGGCUGGAAGCAAGCUUUCAAGUUUUUUACUCUCUGGGUCCGAUCUGGGGUGCACUGGUCACCAUGUCCAGUUACAGCAAGUUUCAGAACAACUGUAUGAGGGAUUCAAUCAUUUUGACCUUCCUGUGUGAAGGAACCAGUGUGUAUGCAGGCUUCGCUAUCUUCACUGUACUGGGACAUAUGGCUUACAACCUGAAACUUCCCGUGGAGAGUUUCGCAACAUCAGGACCAGGUCUAGCUUUUGUUGUCUACCCCGAAGCAGUGGCGUAUCUCCCCGUGCCCCAGCUCUGGGCAGUCUUGUUCUUUCUGAUGUUGUUAACCGUGGCCUUGGACUCUCAGUUUGCAGGAGUCGAAGUUAUUAUGACAAGUCUCCUGGACAUCUGGCCAAAGCUUAUGAGGAAAAGGGAAGUAAUCGUGAAAGUUGUCUUUUGUUCUGUUCAGUUCCUGCUUAGUCUCCCCCUUGCAUCAAGAGGUGGUAUCUAUUUAUUUACACUAGUCGACUGGUACAUUGCUGCAUUUGCUACGGCUGCCAUUGGGUUACUGGAAUGUAUUAUAGUGGCUUGGAUCUAUGGAGCCGAAAGAUUUAUGGAUGAUCUAGAGUUGAUGAUUGGAAGAAGACCUCCAUGUAUUUUCAGCAUCUUAUGGCGAUGUGUAACUCCUUCGUUACUGCUGAUUUUGUUGGUGACGUCCCUUCUCAGCUACGAGGCGCCAAGUUUUGAGGGCUAUCACUACGGCGCGGGCGCCGUGGCGUUUGGAUGGAUGGUCGCCGUCGUCUGGUUUUUGCCGGUGCCGCUUGUCGCAGGUUUCAAGCUGAUGACGUCACACGGAAGUAUACGAGAUAGGCUCAAAUAUAACUGUUCACCGUCCCCUGAGUGGCAGCCUGGUGACGUCAGCUUCCGGGAAAUUUACCAACAGAAAACACGCCCACCAGCUUUCUGUAGAUUGCCCAGACCGCCAUGUUUGCAGGGAGUCUCAAAAUAGAAAACAGAGUCUUAGAGAUAGAACAUUAGAGUCUCGGCCUUUCAGGAUCUAUAUAUAUAUGUAUAUUUACUUAAUUGCUUUUUUUUUCCACUAUUGUGUCUAUUGUAUAGAUUAACCUUUUCCUAUGCAAUUUAAUAUUAAUAAUAAUUUUAUAUGAAAAUGAUAUUAUUUUACUAUAUUUAAUUUCGUAUUCUAUAUAACACAUUUUGAUAGAAUUCGCAAUUAGACUUUACAAAGCUUAUAGGCCUAUCAACUUUGUGUCUGGUAAAAAGUUUGUACACGUUAUUUCUCCCACUACUAAUUUACGAUUAAGUUGAAAUUGUCCACAUGUAUUUCUUGUACCUGAUAAAACAAGAAUAAAUUAAA